AUGCCGAGCCAAAAGUCAUUCCGCACCAAGCAGAAGCUUGCCAAAGCGCAGAAGCAGAACCGCCCCAUCCCUCAGUGGAUUCGCCUGAGGACCGGCAACACCAUCAGGUACAACGCCAAGCGACGACACUGGCGCAAGACCCGUCUCGGUAUCUAA